AAAAGGGUAUUAGAUAAAGCAAGAGGAUAUGCAAUUGCAAAGCAUUGAUGAAAAUUCAAAAACAUGUCACAUUGUGGUCAGAUGAGCCAGUGGCUAUCUCGUCGUCCUCUCACCAAAUCAGUUUUCUCCAUUCAUUCCACCACAACAUCCUAUGCAGCAGCAUCAUCAUUACCACUUUCCACCACCAAAGUUCAAAUUUUGAAGCACAAAUUGGAACCUCUUGGUAUUACUUUAGACAACAACUCUUGUUUGUCUGGCAUGUAUCAUAACCUCUAUUGUCCAAAGUGUAAAGGUGGACAGUUAAUGGAGAGGAGUUUGUCUUUUCACAUUAUCACUAAUGGUGACUUUGCAAUGUGGAGGUGUUUUAGACCUACAUGUGGUUGGGCCGGUCAGGUUUUUGCAGAUGACAAGGAAUUGGACAAUAAACCUGAUGAGGAGAGCUUAAGAUUGGAACCACUUGGUCCUAAGCUUGUUGCUUACUUUAAGGAGAGAUUGAUAUCAGAGAAAACCUUAAGCAGAAAUGCUGUAAGGCAACUGUCAGGCGAUAAGAAUGUUAUUGCUUUUACUUAUACACAAAAUGGGUUGAUCGUUGGUUGCAAGUACAGAACAAUGGAGAAAAGAUUUUGGCUGGGAAAAGGCACAAAGAAGGUAUUUUAUGGACUUGACGACAUUAUUCAUGCAACUGAAAUCAUCAUUGUUGAGGGGGAAAUUGAUAAGCUUUCUCUUGAAGAGGCUGGAUAUCAAAAUUGUGUCAGCGUUCCAGUUGGUGCACCUGGAAAGGUUUCAUCAAAAGAUUUGCCACCGAUAGAAAAGGACACAGCAUUUCAAUACCUGUGGAACUGUAAAGCGUACUUGGAUAAGGUAGGUCGCAUUAUCCUAGCAACUGAUAGUGAUCCACCAGGUCAAGCUUUAGCUGAAGAGCUGGCACGGCGCCUUGGGCGAGAAAGGUGUUGGCAAGUACGCUGGCCAAAGAAAGAUGAAUUCAGCUUCUUCAAAGAUGCAAAUGAGGUUCUCAAAUACAUGGGAGCUGAUGCUUUGAAGAGAAUAGUCGAAAAUGCAGAGCCAUAUACUAGUGCACACUAGGUAAUUCCACUAUAAUGUGAGGAUAUUACAAUCUCUUGCAAGAACUUCUAUGCAAUCUAUGAUUAAUUCAUCAAUUGCAGCAAGUUUUGCAGCACCACGUACACACCUUACUAUUGUUUCAGCAUCCAUCUCUAUGAUUAGAUUUUUGAGUUGAUGUUCUGCCCGCAACAAGCACCACCGCAGUCCCAUGGUUUCAGCUACUAAGGAGGAGACUGCAAUAUCCUCACAUUAUUUUUCAGUGAAUAUAACAGACCCAGAAUUCCCAUCCUGUAUUACCAUUAGAGAAACAGCCUGCAUCACCAUUCAUCUUUAUAAAAAAAAACUCUUUGUAGGCGGUGACCAUUCUCCUGAAGUUUCAGCUACGAAGAGCUAUCCUUAUUUAUUUUUUUUGUAUUGAUAUCAUUCCUAAUCUUAUUUUGUACAGCAAUGCUAUUUAUCAUCACAGUUGUGUUUUUCA